AUGAAAUCCGAGAAGAAAUGUAUCGACGAUUUUCUCACUUUGGGACGAUACGGAUUCAUCACUAUUUUACUGAUUGAGCUUGUCAUGAUCAUUGUUUGUGGCAAUUUUCUGUUUAUGGUUUUUGGAGGAGCUGAUGUGAAAAUCACUCAAUGUGACACCGAAAUCCCUUCCAACUUCACCAACUCUUCUACUGACUUUUGCGCAAGUUUUGAGCAACAACAGUGCACCAGUUUGACGCUAGAUUAUGAAUUCUACUCGAUAAAUGCUGAGUGGUUGUUGAUCUGUGAUGAGGGCCAACUCGUCAAACAAAGCACAUCUUAUCAAAUGCUUGGCCUCAUCAUUGGCUCUGUAUUCUGGGGUAGAAUCGCGGACUUGUACGGAAGAAAAGUGCCAAUGAUCAUUUGUUUAAUCUUUUGUGGAAGCUUUGGUUUUGCGUCGGCUUUCUCUCCAAAUCUCAUCGUGUUUACCGCGUUGCGCACGAUUGUCUCAUUCUUCACUAUUGGAGCAGGAGUCAUUGCAAACACUUUCUACGGAGAGCUCCUUCCAUCGAAACAUCGUCUCUGGCUCGCGUUUUUGCUCAGCUGGUCACCGAAUUUUGUUAUUGUGGCGGCGAUUGCCUAUUUCACUCAAACAUGGCGCCUCUUGAUCGUGUUCAUCAGCUCGAUUUCCGUACCUGCAACCUUGUUGAUUUGGUACAUGAGUGAAACCCCGCAUUUUUUGAUGAGACGCGGGAAGCUGACCAAAGCAAUCUUAACAAUUCAGAGAUUUUACAGGAUUGAUGGAAAAGAGGUCGACAUGGUCAAGUUGAAAGAAGUUUUUUUCGAGGAGCAAAAGAUGGAUAUGGAAAACAAUGAGAAAUCCUACUCGUUCCUUCAUCUUUUCUGUACACCGAAAUUCAUCGGCUAUUCAAUUGCCCUUUGCUUUUGUUGUUUUGAACUCUCGAUCAUCAGCUAUUCCAUGUUAUUUAAUCUGGACAAAGUCUCCGGAUCGCUG